AUGCCUCUGCAGAUGCUGCAGUACAGGUUGAUGUUGCUGUUCCGGUUGCCCACCUGGGGCAAGCUGGUGGCGCUGGUGUGUGUGGGUCUGCCCAUCGUGUUGAUAGGCUCGUGGUUAUUGAUGAAAGCGACCAACAUGGCCUGGGGGGAGGCUGCGCAACUGACAUUCUACGUGCUACAGAGCGUGCCGGGUGCGGACAUCACCCGCUUUCCCCAGGUCAGCGCCCGGCUGGUGCUGGUGGCCGUACACCUCUUGUCGCUGUACACCUUCGCCACGUUGGUGGGGUUGCUGACUGAGGACGUGCGGAGUAACGUGGAGGAGAUACGAUGUGGCAACUUCCCGCUGCCCUCCCGGGAUCACACUGUCGUACUUGACUGCGGGGUAGCACCUGGCCGAGUGGUCGGGACCCUACAGAAGAUACUGGGCGCACGAGAGGCCCAUGGGUCGCACGUGUAUGCGGGGGACAUUGCCGUACUGAGCACAUACCCCAAGGACGAGCUGGAUAACAUGAUCGCGGACGUUCUCCCGAAACACUUUGGCCGAGUAGUCACACGGCACGGCAGUCCCAUAAAGGUCUCUGACCUGGAGCGCGUGGCGGCGCCGCAUGCUCGUACAGUGACGUACGUGUCCAGCGCCAGCAGUACCUCUCGUGUAGCGGUACAGUGUGCCGUACAGCCUGGCCUUGCGGCGGUCUUCGACGCUGUGUUUUGCCGUGCUGACGACGCGUCCUUGCGACUGCUGGAGCUACCUCCCGAACUGGCGGGUCGUACAUUUGCUGAGGUACGGCGCCGCUUCCGCCGGGCAGUGCUAUGCGGUCUAUUGCCUGGCGCGGAGGUCAGCAAACGCAGUAACAGUAGCAGCAGUAGCAGCGGUAACAGCAUUAUUCUUUCGCCUCCGGACGACCGGGUGCUCGAGCCGUACGACAGGCUGUUGCUGCUGGCUGCCACACUGGGGGAUUGUACCUUUAUUGGGGGGAAGACGGCCCCUGAGGCACCCCAGCUGCCGCCCCUAUGCCGCCGAUACGAUGGCCAUCGUUCCCGCCCGCGCCGCCUCCUGCUUCUGUCGUUCGACAGCUGCCUGAGUGGCCCCCUGCUGGCCGCACUGGACGAGUUCGGAGCCCCGGGGUGCUGUGUGACCGUCGUGUCGCCGGAGCCCUGCGCUGGGCUGCCCUCCGGCCCAACACCGCUCAACCGGCUGGUGCUCCGGAACCACGUGGGGGAUCCGCUGGGACCCGGGGCGCUGCUAGGGGCGGAUGUGGCGGCCGCAGACGCCGUCAUCCUGUCGGGUACGGAGGGUUUACCACCGGACGAGGCGGAUGCAGUGGCAGUUGGCACGGCGCUGCUGCUGCAACGGCUGGUAGCGGACCCGUGGGUCAUGUCCUGUGGAGGCGCUGAGGAUGUCGCUGCCGCAGCAGCAGUCGCGGCCAGCAUUGAUCCUGAUGAGUACUGGCGGAGUGCCGUACUUGCUGGGGAUGGCGUCCGCGGCAGUUUUAGCAGCAUUAGCAGUAUAAAUGACGACGACGGCGAGUCGACGUCGGAGUCAGCAGCUGCGGUGGCGGCGGCGGCGGCGGCGGCACCCUUCGAGCAGCGCCCGCCGCCGCCGUCCCGGCCACUGACGUUUGUCUGUUCCAUCAGGGACCCACAAACUAGAUCCGUGCUGCAGUACAUUGGUGUCGAGGCAUGUCGUACGGCUGUCCGUACAGCGGUCGUGGCGGCGGUCCCUGGCGUUGGCGGCGGCGGCGCUGUGGCUAGCCGGGGACUGAAUAUCGAGAUCAUCGAGCCGCAGGCACUGAUCAGCGGAAUGUUGGCACAGGUUGGCGCCGAGCCGAUGAUAGUGAGCGCGCUGGAGGAUUUGCUGGACGAGGAGGGCUACGAAAUCUACAUCAAGCGCUCUGAUCGGUACGGCAUUCCGCCGUACAGCCACGUCAGCUGGUCCCAGGGGAAGAGGGCGGAGGUCCGCGAUAAGUCGUAUCCUGAUGGACAUGGGUGUACAGCGGGUGUUUAG